AUGCAGAGGGCAAGGCCCUGGCCCCCUUUAAACCUUCCCCAUUGUUGUCGUUCACCAAACGACGGUGGUCACCGGGACAUAAAUCAGCGUCGGAUUCAUCAUUUUCAAAAGCCAAUGGCCGAAGCUGGGAAUUCAAUGCUCUAUUCUCUUCUUCUCUUUGUUGUUACUCUCUCACUGCAAGAAAUUUCACUUGUGUUUCUUUUCUUACUAACUUUCAUUGGAAAUUUCCAAGAAACUUCUGGGGUCAAAACUGGAUGGGGUGCAGUUAUUCUAGCUGAAGCUGUUGCUCUUGUUGCUGCUGGCACUGUGCAUCGAGUUUGUAUAACAACUUGCUUUUUGUUCUCGGCUGCGAUAUUGUACGAGGUAAACCAGAUUUCAGGGGUUAUGGCUUCAAAAAGUGAAUCCAAAGGUCGAAGGCAUUAAUCUGAAAACAUGUUUUUGUUUUGGUUGUAUCCUUUGAAGUAAAAGAUGAUGAUAUGAUAGAUAUAAUAUGUUAGACCAAUUUAUACUAGACUUUAUGCUCUCUUUUUUUUUUUAAUAUGGAUCAUGGUAAAAGACUAAGAGUAUGCUCAUUUUAACAAGACUUGAAUUUCAUGCAUAUUAUUUUCAACUGUUUUUACUUUUGAUUUAUUAUUAUUAUAAUGGAUACAAUAUUUUAGACUAUGCUCAUCUUUGGAAUGAAUGAAAUAUGACACGGAAUGGAACCUCAAAGUAUAUUAUGUUUAAAAACCCCUCAACUCUUCUUCAC